UACAACCACGACGGUUUUGACAAACCUUUUUGCCCACGAUUUUCACGGCGCUCGGGAGGGCAUAUACCAUAGGGCACUCACACUGCGCACAAUUCGUCACGAGGCACCAGUUAAGCUUACCGCUAGGAGAGGGACGCCUGGACGACUGACAGACGAGCGAUACAGAAUGGCAUCAGGAAGGAAAUCGAUGGGUUUCGUGGUUUCCUUUUUUUCCUGGAUAUGUUGGAAUUCCUUCCGGAUGAUGCGCUUUGAUUCUACCAUUGCCCCAGGAAAUCAAUCUUCUCACGUUGAUAAGAUGCAUUUCGACACAACCUCUCUCUGGGAGUCGAGUAAUGGCGCAUCCCGCAACAUAAGCCAAAGCAGGAUCCUUCCCAAAAACAUCGCGUUGUUCUCAUGUCAGCGGCGCACGCUUGAUUGGACCUCUUGCAUGGACGGUAACCCAUUCCAAACGUGACAUUCUUAAUCAGAGUCCGCGUCCGAGGUCCAGUCACAUAAUCCCUCUUGUUCUCUGACCACCAGGACCGCCGCGAUAUGCACCGGUGCCUCUCGAUUCUCGAAAUCGUCGAGCUGAUAUGCGCGCACUUCCGGCCGACGAACGAGCACCUCCCCACCCUCGACGCCGCCAACACCAGUGCACUCGCGGCGCUGGCUCAAACGUGCCGCUUCUUCGUCAACCCUACUCUGGACGCGCUGUGGGUGAAGCAGAUCGCGCUGACCCCGCUCCUGUCGUGUCUCCCGGGUGACUGUUUUGCGAUGGAUCUGGACGAGGCGGGUGUGUCGCACGCACGCUGGGCCCGGCCCAUAUUUGCUAGCGACUGGAGCCGCUUGGAGGCCUACGCAGCCCGGGUUCGUGUGCUCUACGUCAACGAGAGCUCGGAUCCCGCCUUGUCCGUCGCUGGCGCCCACUUCUUCAACCAACUCGCUGCGGGUGUACCUUCAGGCGGCUUGUUCCCGAAACUGCGCGUUCUGCACUCGCGGGAGUACCCACAUGCAGCUGCCUGUCUCGGGAUGCUCCUGGCACCGACGCUGCGGACGCUGUUCGUGGGCAUUCAGACGGAGCGGCAAGAGGACAAACUUCUGAUGACCCAUCUCUCCGCCGUGCCCUCUAUCGCGCCGCAGCUCGCCUUCCUCCAGGUUUACACCAAUGGAAGGAUAUUCCCGCGGCCUCCGCAUAUCGACGCAGCCGUGUCGUCCGUCCUCCGCCGCAUGGACAGCCUGGAGAAGGUCAUCAUGGGCUGCCCCGACAUCGCGUCGCUGCAGCACAUCGGCCGACUCGACUCGCUGCGGACCCUCUCCGUUGUCGACCUGCCCGUCGAGUUUCAGGCGGUAAAGAAAUCGAGAGGCGCCAAGUUCUUUCCCCGCCUACUCGAGCUCGUGAUCCGCCGGGGGGACAUCCUCACGGCGCUCGCCUUCCUGCGGCUGUCCACACACGCGCCGUACCAGCGCGUGUCCAUCACCACCGCCGGUGUCGUCUCGAAUCCCGAGCUCGAGCGGCUGUUCGCCGCCGUCGCCAGCGCCUGCCACCCCACCUCCCUGCGUACGCUCGUCCUCCACGCCGCCGGCAGCGGGGGCCCGGCGCGGGUCGGUGCGCCCGCCAUCCGCCCGCUGCUCGCGUUCAGGAACCUGGCACACGUCGAGCUCCUGUCUAGCGCGGGCUGGGCGCUGGACAACGACGAUGUGCGGGAGCUUUCCCGGGCGUGGCCGCUGCUGCAUACACUGUCGCUCGCGACCACCGCCAUGCCCGGCGGCGCGGCGCCCAGCCUGGCGUCCCUCGAGCACCUCGCCGCACAAUGCCCGCACCUUGCGAGCCUGCAGAUCACCGUCUACGCGACUGCGGCGGUGCCGGAUGUCCUGCCCUCUGCGAAACGCGUCCGCCAAACGCGCCUGGCGGCGCUCCAUGUGCAGAACUCGGACAUCGCGGACGCGCUUGCCGUGGCGCGUUACCUGUCCCGGCUGUUCCCCGCGCUGCAGGACAUCAAGACGCACCGGGACGGCAAGGACAACAGCGUCAGGGACAAUCCCAACCAGCUCACGCGACACAUGAUCACGCAGCAUUGGCGGUGGAAGGAUGUAGAGCGGAUGCUCCCGCAUUUCGCGGCGACUCGGAGGGAGGAGAGUCAGUAUGCGAUGGAGUGACUCUAGACGUGCGAUUAGAGUUGUAUGUUCAAGUGUAUGUACAUGUAAUUGUCAUUGCCUCUCGAGGCUAGAGAUAUAAACGACUGGAAUACAUACAGUAUCACGCCAAUAAUCUCAAGUACAUGAUGUCCAUAGCAGGUUUCAGAUGUUUUCAAAGAUCAAUCGAGCUCCUUCAUCAACUCCGGAUGGUAGCUGCUCGCCUGGACCGGGCUCGGGGAUAGGCGCCGCUGAGGACAGCGCGCUGAGCCCGACGACGAGACCGAGCGACGGACGGUUCGCGGUGGCUGGUGGUGGUGGCAAGCAGUCGGUCGUACUUGUGGUGCAGAAGGACGGGGGCCCGGUAUGACUGUCUGUGUGGCACGGUGUGGGUGUGUAUGCGGCUAACAUAUUGGAGGAUUGAAAGGGCUCUGCAAGCCUACUCAGCUACGAAACAGUCAGUAAUAAUUUCAGUGGUUGCGACAUGAUCGUGAGUGAGUGAGAUCAAGGGGGCCGCUGAUUGGGUUGAUCAGACCGUGGGGCUCUCCAUGACGCAGUUGCACAUGAGUGAAAUAUCUUCCUACAUUUAAGUACACCACCCCAUUUCUUCUAGGCCUCGAUCAUCUCAAUCCAGAACCAUGAAGCUUGACGUACUCGCUCUUUCAGACGAGAUGGGAGGCAUUUUCGUACGACUCGCAUCGAGCCACCUAGAACCGCCUGCUUCAAAAUGGGGACAAGGCCCCAGACUUCUCUAUGCUUGCCGAAUGUCACGGAAGGCUAGCGCUUGCAUCAGCCCC